CGUUUAGUAGAACCUGAUGAGCCUGGAAAGCGCGAAUAGUAUUCGCUAGCCAUAUGACAUAACAAUGCUAGCUUGGGGGACUGUUGGUGUGCAGGGGUAGGGAGCCCUGGAGAUACUCCGUCACCGAGUACAGCUGAAAGGGAGAUAGCCAAGAGCGUCGGGACAAUUGUUUGAUUGGCCGAAUCCUUUCCUUUAACGUUUCUUACAUGGCACCUUUGCCAACGGUGCUGGACCGAACAAUAUACAAAAGGUUGGUGGUCCGGCCGUCGAAGCUUAGCUGAGUUAAACGGCACCCUCCUCGUAACUAUUAAGACUUGGUUAAAUACUGCUCGCCACGAAAAUGAAGGAAGUAAUUGCACCCGUUGUGGCUGAAGGAGGAUACAAGCCGAAGGUCCUUAUCGUCGGUGCCGGUCUGGGUGGGUUGACCCUUGCCCAAGUCUUGCGGAAGAAUGGCGUCCCGUUUGAGAUCUUCGAGCGGGAUGAGCACGAAGUUGCCAGAGCCCAGGGAUGGUCCUUAACUAUGCACAGUGUCGUGGAUGAGUUAUUCAAGGCUUUCCCGGAUGAUAUGCCCAACUUCAGGGAUUCCGUCCACCAUCUCAACCCCCUCAACCUAGAAACCCAAGUUGUUUUCUAUUACCACAACGACCGCUUAGGCACGGAAUGCUCUCCUUCAACUCCCACGCUACGAUGCAACCGUCUAUUACUUCGAAAGUGGCUGGCUACCAAUAUCGACGUCCAAUAUGGAAGAGUUGCAAGCCAGAUCGGAAAGGUAGGUGACAAGAUGGUUGUCACAUUUAAGAAUGGCACCACCGCAACUGGAGACCUCGUUGUGGGUGCCGACGGCGCAAACAGUAUCGUGAGAGAGCAUGUGCUUGGCAAGCCCAACAAGGAGGUACUGAGGAAUGUACCGAUCAGCUCGAUAACUGGAGAGACGACACUCAGCGGCGAACUAUUUGCACGCCAAUUAGAAAUUGCCCACAGCAUGGCCAUCAUACCGGUUACUACCGGCGAUGCUUGGAACAACUUGUUCAUGGGCCUAACUAAGGUAGCGCCCGACGGUCAAUCAGGAGAGUUCUUCUGGGUCGUUUGCUGGCACGACCCGCUCGCCCAACAGACCGGUCGCGUUGCCGUCAACAAUCUUCCUAGAGAAGAACGUCUUGAGCUCGCUAAGAAGAUGACUGCGCACCUGGACCCUAAGUUCCGACGCGUUAUCGAAGAAACCACUGAGACGGGUAUCCGGGAUAUUGGCUGGGUGCCAACAGACUGCCACCUCGACGAAAUCCCGCUCGGAAGGGCAACACUUCUCGGCGACGCCGUGCAUCUCAUGAUGCCAUACAAGGCUGAGGGAGGUAUACAUGCGAUGCGCGACGCGCUCCACUUGGGAAAGCUGCUUACCGAGCUGGAAUCAUCAGAUGAUGCUGCCCUUCACCGCCUGCUCACCACAUUCUACGGGGAGAUGCUGCCUCGCGGAGCUGAGGCGGUUGAGCGCUCCAGAUACUUCCAACAGCACUUCAGGAAAGACAAGACCGGCGUCAGGGCUUGGGGUCACCCAGUCAAGAGCUUGCCGGAUGAGAGGCUAGACAUUGGGCCCGAAGGAGUGCGCAGCGUGUCGAAAGGGAUUUGCAAGUUAAACUUGGUGCCUAGUAUAUGAUGAGAUAUCCCCUAAUUCGUGUAAUUAUUUUCCUGGGCAUUUUACAGAUACGGCAGAUUUAGUUAUGAGAUUUUGUCUUAAAACACAUAAAUAGGGUGAAUCAUAUUGUAUUAUACUUUCAUACUACCUAUUGUACCUAGAUUAUAUUGAU